AUGACCGUAUCCACAGACGACUAUGAGAAAUCAGUGCUUAUAGACAUCAAUACUCAGUCAGCAAGCGCCAUAGGUCUUAACGAAGACAACGUAACGAACAACAACACACAGCAAUCGCAACAAGGUACCCUUAUGCGGUAUAGUAUACCUAAAGAAAUUGCCGAUGUUCUGUCUCGAGCGAUAGAGGUAUCAAGGAUAACAGGGGGGAGCUUUGAUCCUACCAUAGAACCAGUCGUGAACCUUUGGGGUUUUAACUCAGAAGAAAAAAAGAUACCAAAUAACGAACACAUUAACGUAGCGCUUUCUCGUGUGAAUUGGCAGGCCUUAGCUGUAGAACACAACACAGACACAAAUGAAUAUGAGUUAGAAAUGGAGGCGGGGCAAGGGGUAGAUGUAGGGGCAAUAGCAAAAGGUUAUGCAGCAGACAGUACAAGAGAUUUCCUUAAAAAUGCGGGGGUAGAAUCAGCGAUUCUAGAUUUUGGGGGAAACAUUGUAUUAUUGGGGAAGAAAAAGAACGGCGAAGCAUGGAAUAUAGGAAUACAAAAACCUUUCUAUUCGGGUGAGGUGGCAUUGGUACUUCAGAGUACCGAAGCCGCUGUGGUCACCAGUGGUGUGUAUGAAAGAUAUUUUACAGAAAAUGGGAAGCAGUAUUUUCAUAUUAUAGACCCGCGCACAGGAUACCCAGCCGAAAAUGAAUUACUCAGCGCGACCGUUGUAAGCCAAGAAAGCACCUUGGCAGAUGCCUUAUCUACGGCGGUUUUUGUAAUGGGUGCAGAAAAAGGUAUGCAGUUAGUUGAGAGACUACAAGGCACAGAAGUCAUAUUUCUUACAAGGGAUAAUGAGAUAAUUCCCAGUAGUGGUAUACGAGAAGCUAUUAUAGAGAUAAACAGUGAUUACAAGAUGCCCACAGAAUGA